AUGCUCACGGCCAUCGCAAGUGGCAACGGAGUUGCCGAGUCGCCUUUCAUCAUCGCAAUGAACAGACUUGAGAUAUCUUUCCGUCCUGAUCUUUGUAAUGCAGUUGUCAUCACAUCUGCUUGGAGUUGUACAAAUUGUCUCCUUUUCCAGGCUUCACGAACCGUAUUUGGUCUCGCCAAACAUGGCAGAGCACCCAAAAUCUUUGCCAAAACAACUAAGACGGGAGUUCCCAUUCCGGCAUUGGUCCUGUCUACCGCCGUUGCUUCUCUUGCCUUCAUGACUUGCAAUACCGCUUCUGCUGUCGUCCUGAAUUGGUUUAUCAAUCUGGGCUCAUCUUUUCAAGCCUACUCCAACUACUUUGCCAUCUUCUGGGUCGGCAUUAUCAUCCUUACGAAUGGCUAUGGCAAGUCGAGACCCGACGACCUCUAG